AAUUCAUUAACAUGUGACCUAUGUUGGCCCGGAAGAACGGCUCUGGAACCGAUGUUGCCGGAAAAUCAGCCUUCAAUCUGUAUAUGAAGAGGGACAUUUUGUAGGGUUAUUGAGAACAAAUGUGGGGCGAAUCGUAAAGAUCUUCCUAAGAAUGUUUGUAAUCAGCCAGACGUGAUCCUGUCCACGCUGAACUUCCAUGCACUGUAUGGUCCCAGGGAUUUGUUGGAAGCGAGGACCUUGACAGUUUCCUUGUGCAGCUCAUUGACAUUUUAGGCUGACAUAAAGUGCUGGAGGAACUCAGCAGGACAGGCAACAUCUGCGGGGGGAAAGGGGUCGGGACCUUCUUCACGCUGUUUUUUUGCCCAGGACUCCAGCCGAUACAGUCUCUUGCGUUUCCACCGUGCUAGCGUGAAAUCGAUUUAUUUCCUGGACUAUUACAGGAGCUUAAACUUGGCUCAGUUACUCCCGGAAAAGUGAAACCAACCUAUAGGUAGCUCUUACGUCCAAAUAUUAUACUUACGUCCUUCCUCAAACUCAAGCCAGUACGUGACCAAGAGAUCCCCCUGUUCCGCCCGAGGGUUACAUUAUCCAGUGUGAACAAGAUUUUAGAUUAAUUUCAAAACGAAGACAAUCGCAGAGAGGAUCGCCUCUCGCUGUUCGCUCUGUUCCCGUCCGAAACCUUUCGAGGCAACGCAAAACUCACGAAGGAGAAGAUGGCUACUGACAAAACCUUGACUUUGCUGAAAAUAAGUGGAGAGCUGGAUGAAGAGGAGGUGAAGGACAUGAGAUUCUUAUGCAGUGACCACAUUCCGACAGGCAAACGGGUGGAGAAUGCCCAAGACCUAUUUAAAUUACUGGAGGAACUAAAUCUGGAUAUUUGUAAUGAACUCUUAUAUCAAAUGAAGCGAUAUAAAUUGCUUUCUGAUCUAGAAAUUCAUCAUAUGGAACAGUUCUUGAAACAACCAGGGAAUUGUAAAAUCUCAAAUUACAGAGUUCUGAUUUACAACAUUUCCAAAGGGAUUGAUGAUAAAGAGCUCAAUAGCAUAAUUUAUGUCUUGAAUAUACCCAAGGGAAAAUGCAAAACUCUUAUGAAUUUGAUGGAUCUUUGCACUGAAUUGGAAAAAGAAGGAAAAAUUUCACCGAAUGACCUACAGCUUUUGCUGAAAGCCCUGGAGGGAAUUAAAAGAAGAGAUCUGAUAAAGAAAGUGGAAAUCUAUCUGAAUGAUGCAAUAGUUGUACAUCCACUUCAAGAAAGCAGGAAGCAACAAGGACUUGAAAUGUGUACCCAGGAUACGGACCAAAAGAUCAGAUGCCCUGCUGAGGUUGAUGCCAGGCCAAUUAUUUCAUCAGGAACCAACACUCACCAAGAGGUUCAGCAAACUCCAUCUAUUGUGGAUGACCCAACAGCUGAAAAUACAAAUUUCCAGGGAGAAGAAUGUUCAUCUGCAGAGCAAAUAGACACCUCAACAGCUUCCUCGUCCGAUGUUAUGGCUGGCACUUUGAAAAGUCUUUCCAUCAGUACAAGUUCAAACAAGCCUAUUGAAGAAUACAAAAUGGACAGUACACCACUUGGAAUCUGUUUAAUAUUAAACAACAAAGUGUUUACUGAUACAAAAUACCGGGAAAGAAAUGGCACAGAUCUUGAUGCAGAAAAAUUGAAAAAAGUAUUUGAAGACUUGGGGUUUGAAGUGUACAGGCACAAUAACUCGACUGCGAAAGAAAUAGAGAAUAUAUUGAAACAAUAUCAGAAGUUUGAUCAUACUGCCAUGGAUUGUUUUGUGUGUUGCAUCCUAUCUCAUGGUGAAAAAGAUAUAAUUGUGGGAACUGAUGGCAAACGUCUUCAAAUCAGCGACAUAAGAUUCUGGUUUUCAGGGUCCCAGUGUCCCUCACUGCUGCGAAAACCCAAGAUUUUCUUCAUUCAAGCUUGUCAAGGUACAAGAAAACAAAAAGCCUGCUUCAUCACUGAUAGCGACUCUGACCUCGAAACAGAUGCAUCAGUCCCUGAGGACAGGGAUUUUUUGCUUGCAAUAUCUACAGUUCCUGACUGUGUCUCAUAUAGGACACGAAACGGCUCUUGGUUCAUUCAAACUCUGUGUACCUGUUUGGAAGAAUAUUGCUGCAAAAAAUUGGACCUACUUACAAUCCUGACUGAAGUGAAUCGAAGAGUGAGCGAGAGAAAUUUAGAUGACAAGCAAAUCCCAGAGCCACGAUUUACCCUAUCCAAGAAGCUUGUGAUUUUGCCUUCAUCGCUAAGAACAAGUAAACAAGUAGCUGAUUCAACUUCAGUCUCGUGAAAAAACAAAAUCACAUUUUCUAUAAAGCAAACAAACAAUUAAAAAGUUCCAGAAAAUAAAAGAUUGUCAAAGAUUUGUGCAAAGAA